AUGUCACAUUUUCCUGAAGUAGAAACCGGUCUCCCAGCUUUCAUUCACAAGCCGCCAUUGACAAAGAGAAUGGCUGAUUCCAGUUCCCGCAUUCGCCUCGAAUCUGAUUCCGCGGACCAGCCUGAGGAUACGCGCCCGGAGAAGAAACCUCGCCUUGACAUAGCCUCGGACGGUGGUAAAGGCAAGAAAUUAGCAUCAAAGCACGGGAAACAAGGCGCGAAGAAGCGCAAAGCCAGGAAACAUGCACUUCCAGAGCCUUAUUCUCCAGAUGAUGUUGUCGUCAGAGAUGUUGCGGCUAUCCUAGGACAAGAAGCGAUAAAUAAGGCCGUGGAAGAUGCCACGGAUUGGGAUGCACCUUUCGAGCAGAAGGAGGAGCUUGAAUUGGCCGUGUCGGGACUGUCGUCUUCCGGCGAAUCUUUGUCUGUCGCCCCUUCUUCCCGCCGACCGUGGGUAGUCGUCACUCCGUUCGCUCUACCGGGUGAGACGAUUCGCGUGCGAGUGUACAGGCAUGCUCGCUUGCAUUCAUAUGCCGACCUCCUGGAGGUUGUCACUCCAAAUCCGGAGUUGAGGGACAUGAGCAGAGUGCACUGCAAGUACUUCGGGAAGUGUUCGGGAUGUCAGUAUCAGAUGCUGUCGUACGACACGCAGCUCGAUCUCAAGCGAACAGUCGUCGUAAAGGCAUACCAGAACUUUUCCGAGCUACCGCCAUCUGCUAUCCCGCCAAUACUGUCUACUAUGCCAUCCCCAUUACAAUAUGGAUACCGUACCAAGAUCACACCGCAUUUCGAUGCGCCUCCAAAGAAAUUGCAGAACAACCCGCCAUCUGCUCCGACCGGCACAGCGGAUAAACCAGACUGGCUCAACAUAGGCUUCAAUCGGAUAGGGACCCGACAUGUCAUGGAUAUCGAGGAGUGUCCAAUCGCAACACCCACGUUGAAUGAAGCACUAAUUCCGCUUCGUGAAGCUAUUUCGAAAAAUGCCUACACAUACAAAAAGGGCGUAUCACUACUCCUGCGAGACUCGCUGGAGAUCCCCACGCAUCAUGCAGACUCUCCUGGUGCAUCUUCUGUUCCCGUAUCCAUGGACUGCACGCCACCAGCCACUGCUUCAAAUGAUCCUUCCACGGAAAAACAUAUCUGCGUCACAGACCACAAGGCGACGGUGCGGGAACGAGUCGGCGACAAACUCUUCGAGUAUGUUGCAGGUUCGUUCUUCCAGAACAACAACUCCGUGCUGCUCCCCUUAACGAGCUAUGUUCGUGACGCCAUCUUUCCUGUGGACAAACCACCAUCGAUACCAGACAACCGACCAACGCACCUCGUCGACGCCUACUGCGGCAGCGGGCUGUUUGCCAUCACCCUCGCUCCUCACUUCGAAACGGUUUCCGGGAUCGAGCUCUCCGCUGAUUCCAUCCGCUGUGCGACGAAGAAUGCCGAGAUCAACAGUCUCUCCCACAAGUGCACGUUUCGUGCAGGCGAUGCCGCGGACAUCUUCGCGACCGUGCAGGAGUUCCCCCGUGACCGGAGCGUUCUCAUCAUUGAUCCCCCGCGCAAGGGCACCGACGAGAAGUUCGUUGAACAGCUGCUCCGCUUCGGUUGUGCCACUGUUGUGUAUGUCAGCUGCAACGUGCACACGCAGGCGCGAGAUGUGGGAAUGAUACUUCGCAAGUCUGAGGAGAUGGGUGCGCCGAAGUACGUGUUGGAAACCCUGAGAGGGUUUGACUUAUUCCCGCAGACUGCCCAUGUAGAGUCGGUCGCUGUAUUGCGACGGAUUUGA